AUACUGGAGUUGCUUGAAAGGGACGAAUAAAGAUGUAAAGUAAAGAAGCAUGCAAGAAUGUCAAGUAAAGAACUAACUCUGUGUUGACUAUAAGUACUGACUAUUAUAAUGCUCUGUGUUCUGUGUUUGAUUAUACCACCUUAAUUCUAUUUUUAUUAUCAGAAUUUCAUUUCCAGUUUUCUAGUUUAGUGACCUUUUACCAUUGUUGUUGGGUACGGAUCACUUCAGUUGCAGCUUCUUGUUAACCACAUGGCCUCCUCAUGAUCAGAGCUAGAGCUAGAUGCUAGAGUGAGUGUCUGCAGGCAUGAGCUGGAGGAGCACACAGUCCAGUAUUAGUGGAUAUGGUGGCUAGUCUGCAGAGGGAGCUGGACAAUGCUAGGGUACUUCGGUGAUAGAUUUGCUGAAUCAGCGAUUAUCAGCGGGCACUCAACUGAGACAACGUGAAGUGUUGCAUAUCUUCUCUGUUGCUAAGGCCGUUGCUAGGCUACACCAUCGGACAAAACCCACCAUACAUCGUGACCUCAAGAUGAGGUCAUUAAGGCUCUGCCCUUUGCCUCUAAGCGAGAGUUGAUGGACAAGAACCUCACCUUCAAGUGGAGCAAGAGAAGCCCUGAAAUUGAUGAGGUUGAACACAAAUUGGAAUUCAAGGCCUCAUCAAAUGGUCACUUCAAGGGCUUUAUCAGUUGUGAGAUCUCCAAGAACCAGAAGCCUUUCUUCACCGUGUACCACUGCCUCAAAGAGAGUGUUGAGGACACCUCCAGCUCUGAAACUGAUCAGCCGCAGUUUGCAGAUGUGAAGGAAGUGAUCAAAGAGAUACGCUCUGACUGGUACAGCCUGGCUAUAGAACUGGACAUUGACUAUGCAACUAGGAAGGGGAGACCUUAACAAUGACUACCUCCACCGGCCACCUUGAGUAUAUUCUCCCAGUGUAGUCCCUUCAUUCUAAUUAUGUGUGUGCACUAUUUAAUUGACUGCUACUGUUAUUUAAUGGUUGAAUAUUGAGCGUUUCAAUUGUAAGCAUUCUUAGAAUGAGGUAUCUCUAGCAAUGCUGACUCUGCAUAUUUGGUGUGGUCUUGUAUGAAGCUAUUUAACAGGUUACUAUAGCAACGUAAUGUUGAGCUCUUACCAAGUAUUUAAUACUGUGUUUCACUGUGUGUACUGAUACAGAGUCUUGAGAAGGACUAUCGCUGGGUUGAGCCGUGCUUUGAGGCCAUGCUGACACACUGGGUAAAGCGCUCCUCUCCUCCCCCCUCCUGGUCUGCCCUUGUUAGAGCACUAGAGUCUCCCGCCAUUGCUCGUGGGGACAUUGCAACAACCAUUAAGACAAAAGCUACCAACGACAUCUCUCCUGAUAUUUGUCCUCUCACUCACGAUGAGGGACUGAGUGUGGAUCAUCAUUUGAGGGUAGUGAGGACAGCUGCCUGGGAGGUGAGGGGGACAUGGCGUCCUCUGGGAGAGCAGUUGGGUGUCAAUGAGGGGACACUAGAUGUGAUAGCUGAGGAGAAUGCCAGAAGACCCAACAGUGUCACCAAGUGUUUCACACACAUGCUCGUAGAGUGGUUGCAAGGUGGUCCACAACUGGAGGACUUGUUGACAGUUCUAGAGUCUCCCGUUAUCAGUAGAGCUGACAUUGCUGAGGACCUCAAGGGAAGACUGCAAGUGACUCUAACCUGACAAUGUCCUCUAGCCAUUAUAAACUGUGACUGCUGGUAUUAAUUUUUUAAUUAUUAAUUUUUGUUCUUUAUCAAUUAUACUAGCUAGUGUUUGUGUGGCCGUGACUACUAGCACUCUAUCCACCAUAAUUAUACCUGAUGUGAAUGCUUUGUUGAGUCAAUGUCUGUCCACACAAUUGCACAUGCCAGCUAUGUUAUCAAUGAUAAAUGUAUUGUAACUGUGUAGCAUCAGAAGA